GCGGCGUGAGCUCCGCCCCCGCCCUCCUGCGUGGGUCCCUCUGCGCCCGCCCCGGCCCGCCGGUCGCCGCUGUGGUCGUCACGGCUGCGCCCGCGUCCGGCCAUCCCCAAGCCUCGCGCCGGAGGAUGCCCAGGAAGCUGCUGCUGCUGCCCCCGCUGUCCGCGUGCUCCGCUGUCCGCGUCCCGCGGGUCCGCCCCGCCGCCUCGCCAGCCAUGAACGCCGCCCGCACCGGCUACCGAGUCUUCUCGGCCAACUCCACGGCCGCCUGCACGGAGCUGGCCAAGCGCAUCACCGAGCGUCUUGGUGCCGAAUUGGGGAAAUCUGUUGUCUAUCAGGAACCCAAUGGAGAAACAAGAGUUGAAAUCAAAGAGUCUGUUCGUGGCCAAGAUAUUUUCAUUAUACAGACAAUACCCAGAGAUGUGAAUACGGCCGUGAUGGAGUUGCUGAUUAUGGCGUACGCACUGAAGACUGCCUGUGCCAGGAAUAUCAUCGGUGUGAUCCCCUACUUCCCCUACAGCAAGCAGAGCAAGAUGAGGAAGAGGGGCUCCAUCGUGUGCAAGCUCUUGGCGUCCAUGCUGGCCAAAGCUGGUUUAACUCACAUUAUCACUAUGGAUCUUCACCAAAAGGAAAUACAAGGCUUUUUCAGCUUUCCCGUGGACAACCUUAGAGCCUCACCUUUCCUGCUUCAGUAUAUCCAGGAAGAAAUUCCAAAUUACAGAAAUGCAGUCAUUGUAGCUAAGUCUCCUGAUGCUGCAAAAAGGGCUCAGUCCUAUGCCGAGAGACUGCGGCUGGGGCUGGCUGUGAUCCACGGAGAAGCUCAGUGCACAGAGCUGGACAUGGAUGAUGGUCGACACUCGCCCCCCAUGGUCAAGAAUGCUACUGUCCACCCAGGCCUGGAGCUGCCCUUGAUGAUGGCGAAAGAGAAGCCACCAAUAACAGUGGUCGGAGACGUCGGAGGACGCAUUGCAAUUAUAGUGGAUGACAUUAUAGAUGACGUGGAGAGCUUUGUAGCUGCUGCAGAGAUCCUGAAGGAAAGAGGUGCUUACAAGAUCUAUGUCAUGGCUACACACGGCAUCCUGUCUGCUGAAGCCCCCCGGCUGAUUGAGGAGUCCUCCAUUGAUGAGGUGGUGGUGACGAACACGGUCCCUCACGAGCUCCAGAAACUGCAGUGCCCCAAGAUAAAGACCGUGGACAUCAGCCUGAUUCUUUCUGAGGCAAUUCGGAGAAUCCAUAAUGGCGAGUCCAUGGCGUACCUCUUCCGGAACAUCACAGUCGACGACUAGUGUGGAGCUGCCUUGAUUCUGGGUCUGCAGCAGUGUGUCAGCCUGGAAAUAGGCUGCAGUUAGCAAGUCUCUACAAGCUGGAGGAGGCGCUAAGAUAGGCAAGAAGACAGCUAGUGGAUACAUGGCUUCCUUCCGCAUCAUCAGCCUUGUUCCUUAAUCCUAAGCAGACAUUGGAAGUCGUACUGAGGUGGAAGUGGAACGACAGGCAGUCCCCAUGCUAACAGUGUUGAAUAGCAUCUGCCCUGGGGCAGGCAGCUGAGCUGUUGGACUUGCUCAGGGAGCUGAGUGGCCUGGCACUGUUGUAUACAGUUGUCCUCUCCCUAGACAAGUUCAAGUAAGUCUGCUUUCAAGAGAGUCAUUUUCAGAAACUGCUGGGCCUAUUGCCAUUGAACAGUGACGAAUCCAUGUCUGCUCUCAUUGAGCUAGUCAAAUGAGAGAGUAGCACUCUGUCCCUCAGAACUGUGUUGCUUAGAAGUUGCAAAUAAAAGUUUGUCUCUCUAGUGUC